AUGGCAACUGGAGGGACAUCCAUUUACAAAGGAUCUGACCUGAUUUAUGACUUCAGUUGUUCCAAGUGUGAGGAAAAUGACUUUAACACUGAGGCCCAGCACUUCUGUCUAGAUUGUGAACACCAUCUGUGUGACAAGUGUGUGGGGCUACAUAAUGGCUACCAUACGAAGCACACUGUAUAUGGGCGUGGUGAUGUUGAGCAGUGGAUGAGGUCAUCAAUUGACAGAUGUGACCAACAUGGCAAAGAGCUGGAGGUCCACUGUGAUGAUCACCAGGAACUUUGCUGCAGUGUCUGUGUUGCACUCAACCACAGGAUGUGCAACAGCAUCAGUCACCUCCCUGACCUUGCGAAAGGCUUCCACAAGAAGGCCGAUUUCCAGCAGCUGUCAGCAACGGUGGACAAGAUGAGGAGCAGGCUGGAUGAGCUCAAGAACGCAGGGACAAAAUUCCAGGCUGAACUUAAGGACUCGUAUAAAAAGAUUGUAGCUGAAAUCAAGGCUCUUCGGAAGGAAAUAGAUUCUAUUCUUAAUCAGCUUGAAAAUGCAACAAUAGAACAAGUAGAAAACAUGAUUUGUGAUUUGGAAAACGAUGUCAAAGACGAUGUUGAAAAAUGUUUGAAGAUAAAUAUUCAACUGAAACAUCUGAUGGAAAAAAUCAAUCAGUUGUUCGGAAAACGUAAGGAUACAAAUUCCUACAUUGGAUACAAUAAAUGUACUGUUAAAUUAACCCAGGCCGAAAAUCUGAUUGGUGAAAUACAGAAAAGACCGAAGAAAGAGAUACAGUUUGUAUCGGACAAAACCAUUGAGUCGUUCCUCGAAAGUCUGAAAUCAUUGGGGUUGAUUGAGAGUAAAUGUUCCAAAGAACAAAAAGAUUGUCUGUAUCAGGUUGUAAGAUCAAAGCAGUUAAAUGUUAAAAUUCAAGAUGAUAAAGAGUUGUGCACCAUCACUGGGGUAUGUGAGCUCCCAAGUGGACACAUAGUCAUCUCAGAUUGUAAAAACUACAAGGUGAAGCUUCUGAACAGUGAAUUUCAAGUCAUUGAUCAUUGUGAUCUUCCUGCCCCUCCCAGUUCCGUAUGUCACAUUGCAGCCGGUGAGGUAGCUGUAGCAUUAUGUUAUGGUGAUGAUGAUGAUGAUGAUGAUGAUGAUUAUGAUGAUGAUGAUGAUGAUGAUGAUGAUGAUGAUGAUGAUGAUGAUGAUGAUGGUGGUGGUGGUGGUGGUGAUGAUAACAUAAAUGAAGUACAAUUUAUCAACGUCACUGGAGGAAUACUGCAGAAAGUGAGAAAGUUCACCACAGACCAUUACUGCACCUCUAUCGCUCACCACCAGGGCAAGCUGUUUGUGGGAUCCGGUACUGCACUGUACCAGUACACCAUGGAUGGAGAACUUGUUAAGAAGAUCCAUGAAGACAAGACUGGUGACAUAACAGUCUUUCAUUGUGCUGUGAGUCCUGGUGGCGAGAGAAUAUAUGUUUCAAACAUUGAUGAAAAUAAAUUGAUUUCACUGGAUCAAGCCGGCCAAAUGUUAUCCGCAUUUGAAGAUCCUGAAUUAGAAAGUCCGACUGGAGUAUGCGACAGACUGAGUGGCCAAGUGUUUGUGUGUUGUGCUAAUAAUAACACUGUAAUACAGUUGGAUAGUGAGGGGACAAAGAAGCUGGCCAUAGUGGCAAGGGAAGUCGAUGGUAUAAACAAACCAUGGUCAGUUGGGUUUAUUGAGAGCACGUCUACCAUUAUUGUUGGUCGAUGUGAUAGUGAUAACAUUGUUGUUCUUCAGAUAGAGAAGAUAGGAGAAUCUUGAAUAAUUCAUUAUUCACUAUGAAAAACAAUCCAUGGUUCAUGGUCGAUAGGGUUUAUUGAAGAAACAAUAGCAUUGAACAAACAAUGACAACUGUGUUGGUUUUCAGUUAAGAAAGAUAUGAGGAAAAACACUAAUUGAUGGACAGUUUACUGUGUGUGCAACAAGCAUACGAUAGUAUUAUAUAUCUACUGAUAUUUAUUGGGAUCUUACUCCUUUUGGAGUAUGCCUAAAUAGCUUUGAAUUGGCAUUUAAUUAUAAUUAUAUUAUCAAAAAACAAUCCACAAUUGUAUGUGAAUGUGACAUCUUUACCGAAAUUUGAUAUUGUUACUGCCGUGCGCGCCGAUAUUUGAUUUGGAUGUCAGAAAUCAACGAUCCGUAACAGUGACAGAUUAUUAAAUUGAUAUUUACACCUUUUCAAACAGUGAAAUAACAAGUUCUAUUUCAUGGUAAUUUAUUUCCAUAAACCACAAUUCAUAACAUAAGACUGUAUAAGUCAUUUAUUACAUUGGUUGUAAUAAAGCCCAAAUAUGAAACGCAAAAACUUAAAUAUUCAAACUAAACUGGUGGAGUUAUAACCCGAUCAGUUUAUAAAUACCGAUCACCUGUUAAACCACGCGUUUGUUAACCCUCGAUCGAGUAUCAUUAAGAAAACCAUUCACAACUCCUCGGCCAUUUUUAUCGAAAACAAUCUUGGAUGGAUUUGGACGGUUCACAUACUCAAAAACAGCGUUACGUUUAAGUCCGCUGCAAGUAGAUCGCGUAGUAAUUUUAUUUAGCAGUUAAACUUAUGACUUCACUCUUGGGAAUAUUAAUUAUGUUUGCAAUAACACACUUCACUGGCGAUCAAUUUAAAGUUAGAUCAAUAAAUACAAGUCUAAAACACUACUUUUAAUUAAUGAUAUAAUUAAAAAAAAUACGAACUACAGUCUACUUCAACAGAUGUACCGGCAUACAUCCGAGGUUGUUUUCGAUAAAAAUGGCCGAGGAGUUCCGAAUGUAAGAAAACAUUGAGUGGUCUACGAUUGACUUUUGAGCUUGCAGUUAUAAAUUGAAUGAUUUAGAGACUAACUCCUGUUACUGUUAGGAAAAUUUAUUAUAGCUUUAUAUUAAGUUGUGAACAUUUAAAUGUUGUCAUUAUCAUCAUUUUCUGUGUUACAUAACCACCGUCAUUAACAUGCUGAUUCGAAUA